AUGACAUCCGAGCCGACGGUCUAUGGCACGAGUUUCUUGGCCAGCGACGAGCGUUUGAGCGCACGCGCUGCACGACGUCGCGCCUUGAUCAAGUGGAGUGUCAUUGGCCUUAGUAUCUUUGGUCUAUGCGCCGUUGUAGCGGUCUUUAGCCUCUCAGGAGAGCGCAUCGUGUCGCCUAUUGCGACGACAUCUCACAUAGCUGCUGCUCCUGCUAUAAACUCGACGCUCUUGUGCGCUCAAAGCUCAUACACAAACAAUGUGACUUACAUGAUGGAGCCCAUCACAGGCCUCCAGUGGACACACAAAGCACAGAGGAAUGCUGCGUCCACCAUUAUUGUGGAUGUAGACACGCAAUUUCAAACCAUCUUGGGCUUUGGAGGAGCUUUCACGGAAGCAGCAGCCUUGCAAUUUCAAAAGCUAUCACUAGCAAAGCAAGAGGAGGUCUUGACGCUCUAUUUUGACCAGGAAAAAGGCAGUGGAUACACUUUUGGACGUGUUCCCAUGGGAUCUUCAGACUUUUCAACUGCUUCAUACAACUAUGAUAAUGUCAUCAAUGACAUGCACCUCAUUCACUUUGAUAACGACGUGAAACACGACCAACAAGUGCUGAUUCCAUUCAUUAAACGUGCACUGAAACGUCAGCCAAAUCUCAAAUUGUUCUUGGCUCCAUGGAGUCCUCCAGCUUGGAUGAAACGGGAGACGCUUCAUUAUACAUCGAGUAUGCUGAAUUCAGCAAAACCCAUUGGCUUAAAAGAUGAUGUUCGGGCGACAUGGGCAUUGUACUUUUCAAAGUUCAUUACAGCUUAUAAAAAACAUGAUAUCUCAUUCUGGGGACUAACGCCACAAAAUGAACCACAAGCGGAAGUGCCUUGGGAGUCGUGUAUGUACACGGCUGAAUAUCAAGCUGAAUUUAUAGGAAAGUAUCUAGGCCCGAUGCUAAAACGUGAUCAUCCUGAGCUCAAGCUCAUGAUCUUUGACCAUAAUCGUGGUAGUGUCCGUCAAUGGGCAGAAGAGAUCUAUAAUCACCCUACAGCAGCACAAUAUGUAGAUGGUAUGGCUUUCCAUUGGUACGAUAAUGAACGCUACAUGGAUGGUGUCGAGUACCAUGAACGCCUGAAUGAUACCCACUUUGUGGACCAAAACCGCUUCAUGCUGGCUACAGAGAGCUGCAAUUGUCCUGAUGUAGGUUAUGGUGAUCUCGCGUGGUUCCGUGCGCAACGUUACGGACACGACAUUAUGACGGAUCUAAAUAACUACGUGGCUGGUUGGGUCGAUUGGAAUUUGAUACUUGACAGCAAGGGAGGACCUAACCAUUUGGCAAACUUUUGUGACGCCCCUCUCAUUAUGACGGAGGAUGAAACGGACUUUUAUAUUCAGCCCAUGUACUAUUUUAUCCAGCACUUUUCCAAGUACAUUCCUGUAGGUUCGCACCGUGUUAAGACAACCGUAGCAACAAAGUUUGCGAAACCUGGUGACCCGCAAUUGUACGUUGACUACCCGUCGAUGUUGGCAGCUUGCGACGGCAGCUCGCGCCAAAAAUGGCGUCCAACGGAUGAUGGGAAACUGGAAGUCACUGGCACCGGGUUUUGCAUUGAUCUAAAGGAGAUUCCGUGGCAAGGACAUCAAGGUCUGUUGGUAGAUUGCAGGUACACUCAGCAGCACUGGACAUAUGAGAUUGAAAAUGGCCGCAUUCGUAUGGGAGACUACUGCAUUUCUUUGAACCACGGUUCGACACAGAAUGGUGUGCGGAUUAGCACUGAUAUUUGUGAGAAAGAGGUGGUACCGCACCAGCAGUGGAGGUUUGACGCUGAAGACGGCACCAUGCGCUCAUACGCGUCGACGACAGACCAGUGCGUGACUGCCGGUUAUGCUUUCGUUCAGGCUACUGCCUUCGUGACUCCGGAGAACCGCAAAGUGCUUGUGGUGAUGAAUGAAAACACAGAGCCAGCCAAUUUCGAGCUGCAGGUUGGCGGCGUUGCGCUUGAGACGACGGUGCCGCAUGGAGCCAUUCGGACGUUUACCUGGGAAUAA